GUACAAUCAUAGUCGGUUCCGUAACGCGUAAGUAUAUACACGUUGAGUGGUAAAGAAAAAAUUUCGUUAAUUUGUUAAACGUUUCAUAGGAUACGUAAAUGCUAUGUAUCCACUUCGUAAUUUGGUGAGAAGGUAGUCGAGUCGAUGCAACGGCAGGUGGCGCGCAUCGGUUGCCGCUUAUACGAUAAUAUUGUUUCGUCUCCGAUUCCCCACUGCCCACUACGUUAGCGCAGUCAGCGUGCAGCGUUCACCUUCGUUCUCCUUGUUUCUCCCCUCCGUUUCGCCGUUUCGACGUUUCACCAUCGCGCUAUCUUCGUCGUUCUGGAUCUUUAUGUUUCUCCCUCUCUGUCGCGUUCGGUUCCUAGCUGAAGUCAGCGACAGCGUCUCGCACGGAUUCCUUCGAUUCCGUGUCCAAGAACGCGUCGCUUUCGAUCGGCUACACCUAGAUCCGCGAUAUUCCUAAAGAUUCUAGUUGGUAAUUUAGUCGUGUCGGUUGGUGCACGUGACCCCGUGUACGCGUGAACCGACCUUUAAGUUUCCAAUUCCCCCACGUUGUUGCUCACUUGCCUACCGAUUCAAGUCGAUUCAGGAUUUUCAGGACGGUGCAUACCGCCAGUCGGUUCGAAUAAUCGCCUCGUGGCAGGUGAAGAGGAAAAUCGGCGAAGCCGAGCCUGCCAACCGCAUCAAUCGCUACACGAGGGACGAACGGAUAAUAAUCGCAUUUCGAUCGUCGAUCGCCGAACACCGAUCCUGGACGAUCAAUUAUCGAUCGUAGUGCCGCCAACGACGCCAACGCCGACGCAACGUGCAACGUAUCUGACAGCCAUCCGCGCAACGCGUAAUUCUUCGUUUUCUUUCGAACAAUUAUCGGCCUCGACUCGUCCCGUUCACUUUUCGUUUCAUUUCGUGCGCGACGUUACGACGGUGAGACAUGUCUUCCCUGAAAGGUGAUAAGAUCCCGUGUGCACGACUAUGCCACAUCGUCAAGUGGGACGAUUUCGACGGUUACGGAUUUAAUUUACACGCGGAGAAAGGCAAAAAAGGGAAAAAUGGCCAAUACAUCGGUAAGGUGGACGAUGGUUCUCCUAGUCAGGCCGCUGGCUUGCGACAAGGUGAUCGAAUCAUCGAGGUUAACGAAAUCAACAUCGCGAACGAGACCCAUCAACAGGUCGUCGAACGCAUCAAAGCUUUCCCCAAUGAGACGAAGCUACUGGUGGUCGAUCAAGAAGCCGACGAAUAUUUCAGGGCCAACAACAUUGUUAUCAAGGGCACCAUGGCGAACGUCAAGGUGAUCAAGACCCCGGAGAAGAACCCGAACAGUGUCGAGCAAGAAGAAUUUAACGGCAGCAAUGUUUCUAUCGAUGGGAACGCGCAGAAGUCGAGCGGUUCGAACGACACGUCGCGCAGCGAGAGCAGCACGGUAUCGGCAGGUGCGACGAGGAGCUCGUCGAAAAGCGAGAACGAGAGCGAACGCGAGGAGGAAACUGGUCGAGAAAACGGGAACGGCGUCAGAAACGAAAGGAACGAGAGGAACGAGAUGGGUCACGUGCACGAGAGUACCGGGAACGGGAGCGUCGGUGGAAACGAGUCGCCACGACAGAGUCUGAAUUUGAAGAUGAGCGCCAAAGAGCUGCGGGCUCAGCUGGCUGCGCGCAAAAAGUACGACCCGAAGAAAGAAUCGAUCGGCUUCAAGGACAAGUUCGACAUCGUGCAAAAGUUAUAAUCGCGACCGAGCGAUUUUCGUCAUCGGAUUCUCGAUGAUCUCGUCGACUCAUGCGGCGCGGUGCUUCUUUUCAGGGUCGGAAUCCGUGCGCGCUUUCACCGUUCUACUAUUUCCGUUGAACCGUGCGUUUACCAGAUACGGUCGUCUAUCUCGUACGACUCGAAAAGCGUUCGAACCGAUCGUACGCUUACCAACUUGCUUAUUUUCCUUGUUAGACUAGACGCGCGUACUUACGACGACGAUCGCGCGCGAUCGCAAGGACGAUCACGACGACGCGGGAGAAAGUAGACGCGUCGUGACGCGACGCGCGUCAUUCUUGAUUUCUGUAACCCGUUAUCGAAUUCAGGACACUGGCCAUUCUCUCCGAUCGCGUUAAUCGUUCGAGAGUUUAUCAACCGCGAUCCACGUAGAAACGCGUGAUCGGUAAAAUAGUCAUUCCCUCGGAAGAAAGUUUCGAAAAGAACGAUCGCGAUAUUUAACGAAACGACGGUAGCGGAUUUCAUUCACCGGAGUCGAAAUGACUUUACGUAACGCGAGAGAUACGGUAACAGCGUGCAAAAGUACGGCGAUACAAUAGUGAGAAGAUUCGUGCGAGUUUCCACGUUCGUUUCGGUACAAAGUAAACGAUGAACCGCGACGAGUCACAGGACUCGCAGGAAAUCUGGUUGCUAUCUAACCCAACAUUGUUAAAUAUUACGACAACAACCUGUUGUGCAACCUUCAAUUAUCGUCGUCGUGAUCCUUUUGCGUCGUACUUCACGCGAAUACGUACACAAGUUGUUUCGUUUUUCCUUUUUCGCACGCGUUUCGUUUCGCGACGACUCGCGCGACGUUCCAAGAUUCGAGAAACAUUUGCGCCGCGUGAUUUUCACAUUUCGUUGAUCGCUUUCGCCAAAACACUUUGGUCGCGCGAUCGACUACGCGUUGCAUUUAAUACUCGAUCGAUAAAGCGAUUUCGUGCCACAUUCUUUACGUUCUAUCGUAAAUACGAAUUUCUACGUAUUCAGCGUCACGAACAAGACACGCUCUUCUCGAAUUAUACUCUGUACAUGUGUUUAAUAUUCGAGAUAGACUCGACGAGAUCUGGCGUUUUCGUAACAUCGAUCGCAACAAUAUGUAUGUUACGUUCGAAACCCGAAGAAGAUGACCGUUCGAUCGAAUUCCUUCUAAAUUCGAAAAAAAAAAAACUUUCAAACGCUUCUGAUAAUAAGCCUCGAAUCGAAAAACAAUAUCCGUCGUUUUUUGAUCGAGAGUCGAAUCGAACCUAGACCGAUCGUGUUUUCUCGAUCAAAGAAAGGAGGUCGGUGGAAUCGUAACGCGUUCUACGAGGCUCCGCAUUUAGCGUGCUAUGUAAAUUCUUUGUUUUCCUUUUUCGUUUUGUUGUAAUACGUUUCUUUUCUUCGGAUCCACUGUAUAACGAAAUAUUCGUUUUUGUAAAUAUAUAAGAUCUUCGUAUCUCGAGGUUGAUGCAACGAUCAGAAGAAACGAUUAAAUUGGCAGUCGGUAAAGCGAAAAAAAGAGAAAAAAAAGCGAUCGUCGCGAUGUUUUAAUACCUAAACAUUAUUGUCCAUGUACCUCGAUAAAUUGUUAUCGAGACGAAAACCAACGAUAUCAGCGUAUCAUUAAUCCGAAACGAAAACAGUGAAUUUAAUCUCGAUACGUUGAAUGUAUCGCUUUAAAAUUUGGAAAGUUUUUCUCGCGAAACGUUGCAUCGAUAUCUUGGUAUUAUAUGUAUAUAAAUAUUUCGAGUAUGACAUAAAUACGUACACACGUUACGAUUAUCGCACGCAUUCAACAUAAUUUGUAAGUGUAACUUUAAGCCUUACGUUUGACGAUAAGACUUAGUUGUACGUGGCGCAUAAAAUUACGUUUAUUUGCGUACGUUUGUGUAUAAAUAGUACUGUAUGUAUAUA